AUGAUCGCCGACGUAGCCGCUCACUGUCUCCAGCCAGCUGAAAUCUGCAGUGCUGACCUCGCACUGAAGCGGAAACAACGCAGUGCUUAUAGAGCCAGGUACGGCGUCUGUACACAAGUGCUGGAACAGUACGUUUCGGUCAGAGAGCCGAGAGCGCCCGGAGAGGGAGUGACGGGCUUUUGCGCGGACAGCUUUGGCGCUGGGAUGAGGGAGAGGCAUGCCGCUGAGGCCAAAUCCUCUGCAUUUUUGAAGCUCGAUUUGCAUCAUGAAUGUAACAAGCAAGACACGGCUCAAAUGAUGCCAUCCUCCAGGGAGACAUCUGGAUUCCAGAUCCACAACCAUCAUACGGCAGGUAGUAAGCGAAAGGUUAAAAUCACGUCCACGUCUUCGAACGGCUUGCCUCCAACACCCCCAGGAAUUGACUAUGACUACGACGAGAACUGGGAAUCUUCAACUAGCCCAAGUGAUGACCUUGAACCUGGUCUCGAAAGUAAGAGAGUCAAACUGACGACGGAUUACUUCAAGUUUUCGGGCAACUCCCAGCGCAAGGCAGCGAGGAUCGUCCGGAGUAGCCCUUUGUCGGCCGGCGAGCCUCGACAUGACUGGACUGUUAUUGAAUGCUACCAAGUAUCAUCCGCUGCCUCGUCUGAAGGACGGGGCCCAUCUGAAAGCAGCGCCGGCUAUAACAGGAGAUCAGAGGGCAUCCCAUCUCCCACGCUACCUGUCUUGUUCCUUGACAUUGCCCGGGAUUCACUGGGCUGCGCUUAUCCUCGCUCUCCUCCGAUGGACCGUGGUGAUGCCUAA